AAAUCCCGACUGUGGGGCCUUCUAUGUGUACGGAGUGCGGCUGGAGACAGAAGGCUUCGAGAUUUGAGCGUAAAUAUGUCAAGGCCUAAUAGCAUGUCACCUAGCCCUGGAACAGCUCAGCACCCAGGUGCUUCUAAGCAUGGCAAGGCAAAGGGAUUUAAAGACAUUCGAAUUGAUGAAGAAGUGAAAAUUGCUGUCAAUAUUGCACUGGAAAGGUUUCGCUAUAGCGAUCAAGAAGAAAUGGAGUUCCCUUCUUCCUUGACCAGCACCGAGAGAGCUUUUAUCCAUCGUCUAGCUCAGUCACUUGGGCUAAUAUCUAAGAGUAAAGGGAAAGCUACUAAUAGGUACUUAACAAUAAGAAAGAAGGAUGGGAGUGACGCCAUUGGUACUCUCAUGGCAUGCUGUCUGACAUACAACACCAAACACAUCCUGAGGGGCCUCAUCCAGCGUUUUCCCAUCACUAACAAAGAGAAGACAGAACUGCUUCCAAAGACCGAGCGGAGCAAUGUUUUCGCAAUAGAAGCUGAAAACCGCGAGAUGAGCAAGUCCAGUGGCCGCUUGAGCAGUGGCAUUCCCCAAGUCCCAGUGAAGAGAGGAGAUUCAGAGUUUGAUACCUUUCGCCAGUCCUUACCAGUAUAUGAAAAACGGGAGGAAAUUCUCAAAGUUAUUAAAGAAAAUAAAGUUCUGCUGAUUGUGGGAGAAACUGGAUCAGGAAAAACCACACAGAUCCCACAGUUUCUACUGGAUGACUGUCACGAACAGGGAAUCCCAUGCCGUUUAUUUUGCACUCAGCCCAGGCGUUUGGCUGCAAUUGCUGUUUCUGAAAGGGUGGCUGCUGAAAGAGGCGAGAAAAUUGGGCAGACUAUUGGGUUUCAGAUCCGCCUGGAGAGCCGGGUCUCUCCCAAGACUCUCCUGACAUUCUGCACUAAUGGAGUCCUUCUGCGUACACUCAUGGGUGGAGACAGCGCAGUUUCUACUGUCACUCAUAUUAUUGUGGAUGAAGUUCAUGAGCGUGAUCGGUUCAGUGAUUUUCUGUUAACGAAGCUGAGGGAUGUGGUGAAGAAGCAUCCAACUCUGAAGCUGAUCCUCUCUAGUGCGGCCUUAGAUGUCGACUUGUUUCUCAGAUAUUUUGGAGGCUGUCCUGUUUUAAAUAUACCAGGCCGCCCUUUUGAGGUAAAAGAAAUGUUUCUAGAAGACAUAUUAAGGACUACUGGCUACACAAAUAAGGACAUGCUUAAAUACAAGAAAGAAAAACAGUCUGAGGAAAGGCAAAAGUCAACUCUAUCGGAAUGGCAUUCAGUGACAGAGAAGAGUACAAAGUCAGACACAGACACCCAGAGGCAGAGGACCUCUGCCAGCAUCACUAAGGAUUAUGACUUGCUGGAUGAUGGAGGGGACACACUGUUUAAUCAACUGACGGAGAAGGAUGCGAACAGUCUGGAGCCCUGGCUGAUCAAAGAAAUGGACUCCUGUCUCUCAGAUAUUUGGUUGAACAAAGAUGUUGAUGCUUUUGGUCAGCUGUUCCACUUGAUAUUGUCAGAAAAUGUUAGUGUUGACUACAGACACAGCGAUACAAGCGCGUCUCCCUUGAUGGUGGCAGCUGGACGGGGCUUUUUGAGUCAGGUGGAACAGAUUAUUAGCAUGGGAGCCAAUGUUCACAGCAAAGCAUCAAAUGGAUGGAAGGCUGUGGACUGGGCUAGACACUUUGGACAGGCUGAAGUUGUGGACCUGCUGGAGUCCUACAGUGCUUCACAGGAGCCAAACAGUUUGGAUGAAACAUCUCUGGUCCAGGCUGGCAGCAGUAACCUCAGUGCAGAAGAGCAGGAACUCCUCAAAGUGUACCACCACAGUUUUGAUGAUGAGAAAGUGGACCUUGAUCUGAUAAUGCAUGUGCUUUAUAACAUUUGUCAAACUUCUGAGUCAGGGGCCGUACUAAUAUUUCUUCCAGGAUAUGAUGAGAUUGUAGGAUUAAGAGAUCGCAUUUUGUAUGAUGACAAGAGAUUUGCGGAUAAUGCCAAUAGAUUCCAGAUAUUCAUGCUGCACUCAAACAUGCAGACAUCUGAUCAGAAGAAGGUAUUGAAGAAUACUCCAGCUGGGAUCCGGAAGAUUAUACUCUCCACUAAUAUAGCAGAAACCAGUAUCACCGUUAAUGAUGUCGUGUUUGUUAUAGACUCUGGCAAAGUGAAAGAGAAAUCUUUCGAUGCUCUAAACCAUGUCACCAUGCUAAAGAUGGUUUGGAUUUCCAAAGCUAGUGCUAUUCAAAGAAAAGGAAGAGCUGGGCGCUGCAGACCUGGAAUCUGUUUCCGCCUGUUCAGCAAGCUUCGUUUUCAAAAUAUGUUGGAGUUUCAGACACCUGAACUAUUGCGAAUGCCUCUUCAUGAGCUUUGCUUGCAUACAAAAUUAUUAGCUCCUAUUAAUUGUCCAAUUGCGGAUUUUCUAAUGAAGGCCCCGGAGCCACCACCAGCCUUAGUUGUACGAAAUGCUGUUCAGAUGCUAAAGGCAAUUGAUGCAAUGGACACAUGGGAAGAUUUGACAGAACUUGGAUAUCACUUGGUUGAUUUGCCAGUAGAACCUCACCUUGGGAAAAUGGUGCUGUGUGCCGUGGUGCUGAAGUGCUUAGACCCCAUCCUUACCAUUGCCUGCACUUUAGCAUAUCGGGAUCCAUUUCUUUUACCAGCGCAAGCUGCCCAAAAACGUGCUGCCAUGCUAAGUCGAAAACGAUUUACCGCAGACACAUUCAGUGAUCAUGUGGCUUUACUCAGGGCUUUCCAGGCCUGGCAGAAAGCACGCAGUGAUGGGUGGGAACGAGCCUUCUGUGAGAAGAAUUUCUUGUCUCAGGCUACCAUGGAAAUUAUUAUUGGAAUGAGAACACAGCUGCUAGGACAGCUCAGGGCUUCAGGCUUUGUCAGGGCUCGUGGAGGAGGAGACAUCAGAGAUGUAAAUACAAACUCAGAGAACUGGGCAGUAGUAAAGGCAGCUCUGGUGGCUGGGAUGUACCCAAACUUAAUACAUGUGGACAGAGAGAAGAUGAUGUUCACUGGACCCAAGGAGAAACGCGUGCGCCUCCACCCUAAUUCAGUCCUCAGUCAGCCACAGUAUAAAAAGAUCCCCCCUGAGAAUGGUCAGGCAGCAGCAAUACAAACGUUGCCUACAGAUUGGCUGAUAUAUGAUGAAAUGACUCGGGCACAUAGAAUUGCGAACAUUAGAUGUUGCACAGCGGUUACACCAGUCACAGUAGCAAUCUUCUCAGGACCUGCCCGACUGCCAAGCAAUGCAUUACAGGAGUCUACAUACCACGGUAAGACAUUCAGUGUGAAUGGUGUUCCCAAUGACAGCAGCGACAGUGAGAUGGAAGACAGGGCCACAGCUUUGUUGACGUCUCUUAAGCUGGAUGAGUGGCUACAAUUUAAGCUGGACUCUGAGGCUGCUGGUCUCCUGCUACACCUGCGGCAAAAGUGGCAUAGUUUGUUUCUGAGGAGAAUGCGGGCACCCUCAAAGCCAUGGACACAAACAGAUGAGGCCACCAUCCGAACAGUAAUUUCUGUGCUGAGCACCGAAGAACAGUCUGCAGGUUUACAUCAGCCCUCUGGAAUCGGGCAGAGACCAAGACCAAUCUCUUCUGAAGAGCUUCCUGUUUCAUCUUCCUGGAGAAACAGUAAUGGCCGUAAGAGCUCAGAUACUGACUUUUCUGAUGACCUCUCUCAUCUGGACAGAACGAUUGUGAAGUCUCCUCCAGGUUUAACUCUACAGGUUAAAAAUAAAGAGAAGGUGGUUUUAAACCCAAAACGCCUUGAAGAUAAAUCGGAUCAAAUGUUGGGGAAGUUAUCGGAAAGCAUUAGUUGCACCAGUCCCUGUACAAGCCCCUCCUCACCUGCUUCUGUCAAGUCUUCAAAGUCUCCUACACCACGUCCAAAUUUAUCGGUGCGUUACUUUAUAAUGAAGAGCAGCAAUCUGAGAAACCUUGAGAUCUCCCAGCAAAAGGGAAUCUGGUCCACCACCCCAAGUAAUGAGCGCAAGCUGAACAGAGCAUUCUGGGAGAGCAGCACCGUAUAUCUAGUGUUUUCUGUUCAGGGAUCUGGACAUUUUCAGGGAUUUGCAAGAAUGCUCUCAGAGAUUGGCCGAGAGAAAAGCCAGGAGUGGGGAUCCACAUGUCUUGGGGGAAUCUUUAGGGUGGAAUGGAUACGGAAAGAGAACUUGCCCUUCCAGUAUGCCCACCACUUGCUGAACCCAUGGAAUGACAACAAGAAGGUGCAGAUAAGUCGUGAUGGACAGGAGCUGGAGCCUCAAGUAGGGGAACAGUUGUUGCUGCUUUGGGACAGAGUUCCUUUGGGAGACAGAAGUAUUUUGCACUAACAGGCUAAACUCAGGUUUUAAAGUCUUGAUGUACUGUGAAUGCUCAAAGCCAGUUCUAACUGACCCAUCUUUGUAUAACAGCCUAUUCAUCAGUUUCGUUAACUGCCCUAAUAUGUUUUCAACCUUCCUGUGUUGAUCAGAAAUGCCAGACACAUAAGAAUAGCACUGCAAACA